CUUUCACUGCAAAGUUAUUGGUGAACCUCUCACAAAACCCAUGGUUCAUGGAAGAGAUCUCAUCAGCAAAAAGGAACAGAAUGAUACAGAACAUAAGCUCACUUCAAAUCACAUCAGUGAGAAGUAUUAAAUCAGGGAAGCAGUGCAAAAUUUUGCAGGAUAGCAUCAACCAGAAGAGGAUAAAUUCAGGUUCUGUUCACCUGAAAUCUAUUUAACAAGAGUUCAUAGUGUUUAUUUACUUUGUAUUGUUUGAUUGAUCUAUCUUUGCAUAUAGUUAUGAGGCCAUACAGAAUGAACAGUUUCAGAAGAUGCUUCACAAUGCAACAAGGUGCCACGGCCAGCGCAGGGAAGGAGUCAGGCAAGAGACUGAAGACACAGGGAGACCAGUUGCUCAAGAGGCAAAAGGCGAUUUAUUGAAGGACUCCAGAAUUUUUAUAAUGUUUCAAAACAAAGAGCAAUACAAGUCACUUCAGAACACUUUCUUGUGCAUACAGCAAAGGUAAAAAUACAAAUGGAGGUUGUUUGACCAGUAAUAUGGAUGAGUGGUUUCAUGAAGCAUUAACACAACUGGAUAAGAUGCAAUCUUUACAAAUCCUGUUGCUCCGUGUGGUGAGCUGGUGGCUGAGCUACUGAAGUUACCUUUUGUGUACAGUCUUCGCUUCUCCCCUGGCUUCCAACUGGAAAAAAGUGCUGGAGGGCUUCCAUUUCCUCCUUCUUACAUACCUGUCCUGAUGUCACGCUUAAGUGGUGAAAUGACUUUUAUGGAAAGGGUCAAGAACAUGAUAUGCAUGCUUUAUUUUGACUUUUGGAUUGAAGUAUUUAAUCAGAAAAACUGGAACAAGCUUUACAGUGAAACGUUGGGAAAACCAACUACAUUUUAUGAACAAAUGCAGAAAGCAGAUAUGUGGCUUAUUCGAAGCUACUGGGACUUGGAAUUUCCUCGCCCUACCUUACCAAAUUUUGAGUUUGUAGGAGGACUCCACUGCAAACCUGCCAAACCACUACCUAAGGAAAUGGAAAACUUCGUGCAGAGCUCUGGAGACCAUGGCAUCGUGGUGUUUUCCCUGGGGUCCAUGGUCAGUGACAUGUCAGAAGCAACAGCCAAUGCCAUCGCUUCAGCCCUUGGACAGAUUCCACAAAAGGUGAUUUGGAGAUUUGAUGGCAAGAAACCAGAUACCCUAGGAGCUAACACUCAGUUAUUGAAGUGGAUCCCCCAGAAUGACCUACUUGGUCAUUCAAAAACUAGAGCUUUUAUAACUCAUGGUGGAGCCAAUGGUGUUUAUGAGGCAAUCUACCAUGGAAUCCCUAUGGUGGGCAUUCCUCUGUUUGCGGAGCAACAUGAUAACAUUGUUUACAUGGAGGCUAAAGGAGCAGCUAUUAAACUGGAUUUCCACACAAUUUCAACAACAGAUUUGUUAAAUGCACUGAAGAAAGUCAUUAACAACCCUUCCUAUAAACACAAUGCUAUGAGGUUAUCAAGUAUUCAGCGUGAUCAACCAAUGAGGCCCCUGGACAGAGCAGUCUUCUGGAUCGAGUUUGUCAUGCGCCACAAGGGGGCCAAGCAUCUGAGGCCUCUUGCCCAGAACCUCACCUGGUACCAGUACCACUCUCUGGAUGUGAUUGGCUUCCUCCUGGCUUGUGCUGCAAUCAUUACUUUUGUUCCCAUAAAGUGUUGUUUGUUUUGUUUUCAAAAGUUUGUCAAGACAGGAAAGAAAAAAAAGAGAGAGUAGAGCUGUUCAGAUACAUGGCUUUACACAUGAGAAAGCUUCAUCUAAUUCCACUGCCAUGGAUAGACUCAUUAAGAAAUGAUCCACCAUGUUGUGUAAUAUCUUUGCCUUGGAGAUUUAAACAUACAAUGCAAUCUUGUUCAAAGAAUCUACAAUUCAAAUUUCAGUGUUCAAUUAACAGUUGUAAUUUAAUUUUCACAUGUAUGUCAUGAUGAACCUUAAAAGAAUGAGAAUGACUGAACCCACAAUAUAUUGAUUUGAGACAAAUAGGAAGCCUUAUAACUAUUGUAUCCUCAGGUAUAUUUUCAGAUUCAAUAAAAUGUAAACCACUGAAUAUUAUUUUUAUGUAAAUAAAUCAGAGGCAGGUAGUAAAAGCAGGGGCAUCAUCUUGUUAAUGAUAACAAGAUGUAUUGAAGAUAUAUAUAGCUAAAAUAGAGGACAAAAAGUUCAAUAUAGCCAGAGCUCAACUUAAUAAUAAAUAUGAAUACUACUGUCUUGUAGCAAAAAUCAGAAUUUGGUGAAGUAUGGAAGCCAAAGUGAACCAGGACACUGUAGGAAAAUGGAAAAUUUAAGUUGGAAGGAAAUAGAAAAUUUCACAAAAUGGCCUGACAUCUGGGGUUAGUGAAGAUAGUACAUUGUGAAUUCUGGGAGAAUAACAUUUACAUGAGGAAAGAUAUAAGAAGAAGGGCAGGAUCAGCUGUAGGGACAAAACAAUGACUUAGGAAAAAUAGAAGACAUGAUGAAUUUAGCCAUUUUCACAGCACAUUGGUAAUGCAAGUAUUUAAUUUCAUGGGAUUUUUAUCAGAGCAUAUCUCUUGAGGAAUAUCAAAUAUAUACUACAAAAUAUCAGUUCUUUAACAAAUUUUCUUUGUUGUAACUAGCUUCCUUAAACCUUGUAUCCCAAUGAUAGAUUUCAUUUGAAUAAAGUAUCUUCUAUCUUCGACUGGAA